AUGGGCUUUAAAAUCCAGUUGACUGUACGUGGGAGCUUUUCUGUGUCUUUGACCAAAUUGAACAAUAUUAACUUCUCCUUCUUUCUUUGCAGCUCACCAAAUAUUGCAAAAAAAUUUCAUGCAGGACAUUUGCGUUCAACAAUUAUAGGUAACUUCAUAGCUAAUAUAAGGCAAGCUUUGGGGAAUGAUGUGAUCAGGAUCAACUACCUUGGAGACUGGGGCAUGCAAUUUGGAUUGCUUGGAGCAGGAUUUCAGCUCUUUGGCUCAGAAGUGGAACUGAAAGCAAAUCCGUUACAACAUCUUUUUGAAGUUUAUGUUGAAGUGAAUAAGAUGGCAGAAACCAGCGAAGACAUUCACAAAGCAGGACAAGAGUUCUUCAAGAAACUAGAGGGAGGGGAUGAGCAUGCCUUGAGAUUAUGGCAACAGUUUAGAUCGAUAAGCAUUGAAGAAUACAAAAAAAUUUAUCAGCGGCUUGGUGUGCAUUUUGAUGAGUACUCUGGAGAAUCAUUCUACCAAGAAAAAACACAGGAGAUUCUGUGGCUGCUGGAUCAGAAAGGACUACUCAAGAAAACAACGCAAGGAACUGGAGUAGUAGAACUUUCACCAAAUGAUGAUCUUGCUGUUUAUGCCAAGAUGGUUCGCUCUGAUGGAACAACCCUUUACUUGACCAGAGAUGUUGCAGCUGCCAUAGAUCGAAUGGAGAAAUAUAAUUUUGACCAAAUGAUUUAUGUGGUAGGUAACUAA